AUGGAUGUGAAAUCGGCCUUCUUGAACGGUUACAUUGAUGAAGAGAUAUAUGCGGACCAGCCUAUUGGCUAUGAAAUUCUAGGUAUAUCAAUUUCUCAAUCCAAGUAUGUAGCUGAUUUAUUGAAGAAGUUUAGAGUGGCGUCAUGCACUUCAGUUGCCACUCUUGUCACACGUAAUGAGAAAUUGACCAAGAAAUAUGUGGGUUAUUAUAGCCAUAGAUGUCCUCAUGUUGAAUCAAUUAUCAAUAGUACGGUCUCAAAAGCUCAACAUAAGGACCCUCUUUUAGCUAGGGUCAUUAUACGAAUGCAUUUCCACGAUUGUUUCAUCAGGGGUUGUGAUGGAUCAAUUCUUAUAGACUCUACACCAGGAAAUAAAGCGGAGAAAGAUUCACCUGCAAAUUUCCCAAGUCUUCGUGGGUUUGAAGUGAUCGAUGAAGCGAAAAGGAUAAUAGAAUCUGUCUGUCCUCAAGUAGUGUCGUGCGCCGACAUAAUUGCAUUUGCUGCACGAGAUAGUUCAUAUGAGGCUGGCAAAAUUAGCUGGUAUGUCCCAGCCGGACGCAAAGAUGGAAGGAUUUUAAAAGAGGCAGAAAUCAUUAACAAUUUACCACCUUCUUUCUUCAACUUCCAACAGUUGACAGAUUUAUUUGAGCAGAAAGGCCUCUAUCAAGAAGACGUGGUAUUUCUAUCAGGCAAUGUGUUCUUUCACAAGUGCCACUCCAUUGGUGUCUCGCAUUUCUCCUCGUUUCAUGAUAGGCUUUACAACUUCAACAACACCGGUGUUGCAGACCCUUCAUUAGACCCUCAACUAGCCAAGAGUCUCAAGGUUAAAUGUCCACGUGCAAUGACUUCUGACCCAACUGUACCUUUGGAAAGCAUUACACCAGCCAAGCUGGACAAUGUGUAUUACAGCGAACUUCUCAGAAACAGGGGACUACUAACAUAUGAUCAUACCUUAAUCACAAAUUCUGAUACUCGAAAAAUGGUGCAGGCUAAUUCAAGGUACCCAACAUUAUGGCGAAGGAAGUUUGCCAACGCAAUGGUGAAGAUGGGCACCAUUGACGUCCUCACUGGAUCUCAAGGUGAAAUCAGAAAGAACUACGGAAUCGUAAAUAGGAAUUGA